AUGGCCCAAAAUCAGAACAGUGACAACACCAAAUGCGGUCCUCCCUGGCUGUUUCAGAUCUAUCAGUGAAUGAUUCAGAUAAGUGAGAAGUACACAGGAGUGGUGACACAGCAUUUCCUCAGAAUGACCUAUGAGAUCCGGUCCAUGUAUUAUUUGAAGAUCAGCCAACCAUCCAAUAACCCCAAGAAGAUCAUCUGGAUGGACUGUGGAAUUCAUGCCAGGGAAUGGAUUGCCCCAGCUUUUUGCCAAUGGUUUGUGAAAGAAAUUCUACAAAACUAUAAAGAUAACCCAAGGAUAGGAAGGUUCCUUAGAAACCUGGACUUCUACGUGCUUCCCGUUCUUAAUGUAGAUGGUUAUAUCUAUACUUGGACAACGGAUCGGCUUUGGAGGAAAUCCCAUUCAUACCAUAAUAAUGGCACAUGUUUUGGGACAGAUCUCAAUCGAAAUUUCAAUGUGGCCUGGUGUAGUAACUGUCACGAUUUAACAUUCUGUGGGACAGGACCAGCCUCGGAGCCAGAGACUAAGGCUGUUUCCAGCUUUGUAGAGAGCAAGAAGGAGAGCAUUGUGUGCUUCCUGACCAUGCACUCUUACGGGCAGCUCAUUCUCAUGCCUUAUGGCUACACUAAAAAUGAGUCCAGUAACCAUGAGGAACUGAUCCAAGUUGGACAGAAGGCAGCAAAUGCAUUGAAAAAAAAGCAUGGAACCAAUUAUAGAGUUGGAUCGAGUGCAGAUAUUUUAUAUACCACAUCAGGGUCUUCAAGAGACUGGGCUCGGGACAUUGAAAUUCCCUUCUCAUACACGUUUGAGCUGAGGGAAAAUGGUACAUAUGGAUUGGUUCUGCCAGCUGCGCAGAUUCAGGCCACCUGUGAGGAGACCAUGGAGGCUGUGCUCUCGGUCCUGGAUGAUGUCUGUGAGAAAUACUGGGACUCAGAAGGUGCUGGGAAGGUGACACCGACUGCUGUGGUGCUGGGCCUGCUGGUCUCCUUCAUGUCUGUUCUCUGAGUCUAUCCUACCCAGGUCUGCUCAGCCCCGGUCAUGAGAAUGUGGCUGCAGGGAAGGUGUUUGUCUGAAAAAAGAGGAAUCAAAUAAUUUAAAGAUACUUUCCACUUCAAUAAAGAGGAAUCAUGUUUGUAUUUUCAGGU